CCUUUUUUUUUCUUUUUUUUUUCAAAAUUUUUUUUAACCAACCCAAAAUACAAAUUUAAUACCUCCAACAUAUAAUGUUGGGCUUUUAGUCAAUUGAGUGAAGACAAAAUGGAGCAAAAUGGAAAGGUGCUAUUUUUAUCUGAAUUAUCCUGAAAUGCUGCCAACCGUAAGAACUACCAAAUGUCUUCCUGCACUCCUCUUACCCUCCUCUCUCCUUUGUGCCUUCCACCUCCGAGUCAUCUAUCUGACACUUCCCAAAUCCGACCAACAACCGCCACUUUCUCUCCAAAUUCCCGCUCCCAGCCAUCAUGGGUCGAGUCUCUCCGUUCGAAAAUCCGAUGCAACCAAUUCCAAGAAGCCAUGUCAACUUACAUCAACAUGACCCUUUCAGGCGUCUCACCCGACGACUUCACUUUCCCCGCAGUCUUAAAAGCAGCGGUGGGACUUCAGGACUUGAAUUUGGGGAAGCAGAUUCAUGCCCACGUUGUUAAAUUCGGGUAUGGGUCGUCCUCCGUUACUGUGGCUAAUACCCUUGUUAAUUUGUAUGGUAAAUGCGGGAAUAUGUGGGACGUCUACAAGGUGUUUGAUAGAAUUCCUGAAAGGGAUCAAGUCUCUUGGAACUCCAUGAUUUCUGCCUUGUGUCGAUUUGAGGAGUGGGAAACUGCCUUAGAGGCGUUUAGGUUAAUGUUGCAAGAUGAUGUCGAACCUAGCUCAUUUACUUUGGUGAGUGUGGCACUUGCUUGCUCAAAUUUGAGUAAGCCAGAGGGUUUACGACUUGGAAAGCAAGUUCAUGGAUACAGUUUGAGAAUAUGUGAUUGGAAGACAUUUACCAUAAAUGCUUUGAUGGCCAUGUAUGCUAAACAUGAAAGAAUUGAUGAUGCUAAGGCCUUAUUUCAGUUGUUUGAGGACCGUGAUCUGGUUUCUUGGAACACCAUGUUGAGCUCCUUAGCCCAAAAUGACAAGUUUUUGGAAGCAUUACUGUUAUUCCGUCGCAUGGUUCUUGAAGGGAUUAAACCAGAUGGGGUCACAAUUGCAAGUUUGCUUCCUGCUUGCUCACACUUAGAAAUGAAGGUUGAGAGUGGCUGUCGGGUUUUUGAUGGUAUAAUAGAUGGGAAAACAGCACUUUGGAAUGCUAUAAUCACUGGAUAUGCACAAAAUGAGCAGGAUGAAGAAGCAUUAAUGCUCUUCUUUGAAAUGGAAGCAGUUGCUGGGCUCAUUCCUAAUGCCACCACAAUGGCAAGCAUUGUGCCGGCAUUUGUUCGUAGUGAAGCAUUUCCUCACAAAGAAGGAAUUCAUGGAUAUGUAAUAAAGAGGGGUUUGGAGAAGGACCACUAUGUGCAAAAUGCACUUAUGGACAUGUACGGUAGAAUGGGGAAGAUUGAAAUUUCAAAGACUAUAUUUGACAGCAUGGAAACUAAAGAUAUAGUGUCUUGGAACACAAUGAUAACUGGUUAUGUUGUUUGUGGACGCCAUGACAACGCACUUCUUCUGCUAAGUGAAAUGCAGAGAACUGAAGAAGAAAAUGAUGGAGACCGUUAUGAGGUUGAGAAAAGAGUUCCUUUUAAACCUAAUUCAAUAACCCUUAUGACAAUCCUUCCCGGUUGUGCUGCUCUGGCUGCAUUGGCAAAGGGAAAAGAGAUACAUGCUUAUGCCAUUAGAAACAUUAUGGCAUCAGAUGUUGCAGUAGGAAGUGCAUUAGUUGACAUGUAUGCAAAAUGUGGCUGCUUGAACUUAUCCAGAAAAGUGUUUGAUCAGAUGCCUGUAAGGAGUCUAAUUACCUGGAAUGUUAUUAUCAUGGCUUAUGGCAUGCAUGGGCAAGGAGAGGGAGCAUUGGAGUUGUUCAAUAGAAUGGUGGCAGAAACAGCUAGGGGUAAUGAAGUGAAACCAAAUGAAGUUACUUUUAUUGCAAUUUUUUCAGCAUGUAGUCAUUCAGGGAUGGUAAAUGAAGGGAUGGACAUUUUUUAUAGAAUGAAGGAGGACUAUGGUAUCAAUCCCACACCGGAUCACUAUGCCUGCAUUGUGGAUUUGCUUGGUCGAGCUGCUCAAUUGGAGAAAGCUUAUCAGCUCAUCAGCAUGAUGCCUGCUGAGUUCAACAAGUCUGGUGCCUGGAGUAGUCUGCUUGGUUCUUGUCGAAUACACCAUAAUGUGGAAAUUGGGGAAAUUGCAGCCCAGAAUCUUUUUCUCUUGGAGCCUAAUGUGGCAAGCCACUAUGUUCUACUCUCUAAUAUCUAUUCAUCAGCUCGACUUUGGGACAAGGCAAUGGAUAUUCGGAAGAAGAUGAGGGAAAUGGGGGUAAAGAAAGAACCAGGAUGUAGUUGGAUAGAGUUUGGUGAUGACGUUCAUAAAUUUAUUGCUGGCGAUGCAUCACACCCUCAAAGUGAAUGUCUCUAUGGAUUCCUUGAAACCCUCUCAGAAAAGAUUAGAAAGGAGGGGUAUGUUCCUGAUACUUCUUGCGUACUUCACAACGUUGAUGAAGAUGAGAAAGAAACUUUACUCUGCGGGCACAGUGAAAAACUGGCAAUAGCCUUUGGUAUCCUCAACAAUCCUCCUGGGACUACCAUAAGAGUUGCAAAGAACCUCAGAGUCUGUAAUGACUGCCAUGAGGCUACUAAAUACAUCUCAAAGAUAAUGGAUCGAGAAAUAAUCCUAAGGGAUGUGAGAAGGUUUCAUCACUUCAGGAAUGGAGUUUGUUCAUGUGGGGAUUAUUGGUGAAAAAAGAAUCGAAACCCAGCUUUCAUCUUCAGAGAAACAAGCUAUAUCUUGUGGUAAUCACUGCCUGCUAGGCUGCUACUUUACCAAACCAUAUAUCAUCCAUUCUUAACAUAUUUUGUGUCACUAGACCUUGCAUUAUACUUUCAUCUUUCGAUACACACGCAAGGAAAAAUUAACAUAGGAUUUGUUUUUUAGAUUGUACCCAAAUUUACCCAGAGAAGGAAUAUAAUUUAGUUUGAAUU